AGAACCUACUCCAGCAAGGAGUAGACAAAGCUUUUCAGAAGGCUAGCCAAGAGCUGUUCAACCAGAAAACAAUCCCUCCUUGUUCCUCUCUGCUCGCAAUGGCAAUAUGUACACGCCAUCUGUAUAUGGCUGCCUCGCAUCUCUUCUGGCACAGUACUCUGCCCAGCAGCUGGCUGGCUCCAGGAUUGGAGUCUUCUCCUAUGGCUCUGGAUUAGCAGCUAGCAUGUUCUCCCUGAAGGUGUCCCAAAAUUCUGAUGCAGGUUCUCCCCUGGAAAAACUGGUGUCCAGUCUUUCUGAUCUGGAGGUUCGACUGAACUCUCGAAAAUGUGUUGCCCCAGAGAAGUUUGCUGAGAUCAUGAAAGUGAGAGAGGAUACUCAUCAUUUGGGUAAGCAUAGAGAGGAAACAGAGCAGCCUUAGCUUUGCACUGCACAC